UUUUGAAACAAAUAUUUUUGCGGCAGUGUACCGACUUAUAGAAGCAGAUCUCCAUACGUUUGCAACCAGGGAAAACAGAGACCAAGCUCUUGAAAGUUUCGGAGUGUUUUGGGGCUGGAUGCAUUUCAGUCAUGUUUCGACAAGCACAGGUUCAUCCUGAGGCUGAUUCGCCAAGAUGUGUAACACCGUCGGCCGAACUCGAAACGGCCGGCAAACGAGGCACUAGAUGGGGGCUUGGUUUGUUCCGAAAUCUCCAGGGGGGGACGUUGAAGAAACAGCAGCGGCGUCAGGUUUGGGUCAUGGUGGUCAUGACGCUCAUUCCAAUCGUGACCCUGGCCAUCCUGGCGAUUGUCCUGAUGACCAACUCCAGCUCCAAUAACUCCCGGCUGAGCUGGCUGCGGGAGGAGGUCGGCGGCAGCGUGCAGAACGCCGGGCACCUGGUGCACCGCCUGCAGAUUGAGAGGGGUAGGACAGCAUUCUAUCUCUCGUCCAGAGACGAGGCUGAGAUUCCCAAGCUCCAGACGAUCUACCAAAAGACGGAUUCUGCCAUCGCUAACAUCUCUUGGGUAAAUGAUAACUCUCUUAUGUUGCCGGAUUUCUUUGAAAGCAAAGAACUCUAUAAGGAUCACCUGGAGCGAUUCCGACGAACUGUGACAUCAGCUAUCACCAACGUGACCCUUGUGGAAGUUAUAACUUUCUACACAAAUGACAUAGAUGUCAUCACUGGCUGGCUCUUGCAGGCCGUUCAGUCGUAUGACCACGCUGGAGGACUUUGGUCAAAACUUAUUUCUUAUCAGUUACUGCUCCUAGCUAAGGAGAACGCGGGUAAAGAACGGGCUAUUGGAGGCACGUUCUACUCGCGUGGGGGAUUCAACUUACAUGAUGACUUUUUAUGGUUCAUGAACGAAAGCGUAUCAGGGAAAACCCUCCUCAAUACAGCCAUGCGAUUCUCAUCGUUUCUGCAAGAGGCCUCUGAAGUUGCAGUUGACAAAUAUGUGGUCAGUCAAAUCGAUGCGAUGCGAUCCGAGAUCAAACUAAAUGACCACCAGUCGCUCGAAUCUUCGGUAGUCAAGGGUGACAUAUGGUUUCAGAACAUGACUCAGUUCAUUGACGACCUUCGAGAAGUGCAGAUCACGCUGGGUGGCUCCAUCAUAGAGGAUCUGGAUACGGACAUGCGGUGGAGCCUCUACAAUUUGGUGGCCUGCGCCUUUCUUCUCUCCACGGUUCUCAUCACUGGUCCGUUGAUUAUCCGCGGCAUCAUCCACCAGACUCAACAAAUCCAACGGGUGGGGGACUCCCUACACCGCAAGACCCUGGAGCUCCGGGAAGAGAAGAAGAGGUCGGACUCGCUGCUGUAUCAGAUGCUGCCCAAGGUGGUGGCUGAGCAGCUCAAGCUGACGGGACAGACUACCGCUGAGACCUACGACGAGGUGACGGUGUUCUUCUCGGAUGUGGCCAACUUCACUGCAAUGUCUGCCAUUAGCACACCCAUUCAGGUAUGUUUCGUGUAUAAGAAUGCACAUCUGGUGAUAAUGAUGCUUGUUGAGAAUGGUAAGCAUUAG